AUGAAGUAUUGCAAAUUAUUAUUGUCGGCCGCCCCCCUGGCUCUGCCAGCCUUGGCCGAAGACGUGUCCCUGAACAACACGCUUGCCCUCUUUCCGAAGUGCGCGGCCCCAUGCUUGCCACUGAUCGUGGACAAGGCCAACAAUGUCGCCGCCAACGAGACUUCACUAUGCACCAAUCAGACUGUCCAGGACACCGUCAUGUUGUGUGUCACGGGCAGCUGCUCUAUAAAAGAGUCCAUGUUUUCCAAGAACCUCACAACCACAGCUUGCAACGAGCCUAUCCGCGAUAGAUCGAGUCGAUACAUUGCCAUUUCAGACGCAUUUUCCAUCAUCGCUUCCAUCUUCGUCAUACAGCGCUUCGCGUACAAGUUCUGGGCCAAGUUAGAUUUCGGAUUAGACGAUUUAUUCACCCUCAUCACCCUCAUCGUCAGCUUCCCCGUCACUUACUUCAAUGCCUACACCCUGGUCUGGAAUGGCGUUGGCCGCGACAGCUGGACGUUGUCCCUCGAUCAAGUCAUUGGCUUCGUCAAGUACUUUUACAUCAUGGAGGUUAUUUACUUUGCCGAAGUCUCUAUCCUCAAACUCGCUCUCCUCUUCUUCUAUAUCCGAAUCUUUCCGACUACUACGGUUCGCCGGCUGCUCUGGGGAACCAUCGCCGUCGUGUCGCUAUUUGGCGUCACGUUUGUGUUUCUGGCAACGUUCCAAUGCAUCCCCAUCGAGUACUAUUGGUGGCAGUGGGCUGCGGAUGGCGUGCAUCACGGCACUUGCAUCGAUAUUAUGGGCAUUGGAUGGAGCAAUGCCGCCAUAAGCAUUGCGCUGGAUGCGUGGAUGCUUGGCAUUCCGCUCUGGCAGUUGAGAAGUCUGAACCUGGACAUGAGGAAGAAGGUUGGCGUGGCGAUGAUGUUCUGCGUGGGCACCUUCGUCACCAUUGUCAGUAUGCUUCGGCUUCGAUCGCUGGUCCAGGCCGGCGCCAGCACAGUCAACCCGACAUGGGACUUUUUCGAGGCUGGCGUCUGGUCUACCGUGGAGAUCAAUGUCGGCAUCAUUUGCAUUUGCAUGCCAUCCUUGCGACUGCUCCUGGUGAGAUUAUUUCCUGGUCUACGUGGAAUGUCGGCGCGAUACUACGGCAGGUCCACGAACGGACAACAUCGAUCGGGGACUGCAGGUGUGGCCGGCCUCCCGCUCGGAACUGGCACGAGGUCACACGCAGAGCGGUCGAAACACCGCCCGGAUGUCAACGAGAACCAAAUCACCUACCAGACUACGUACACUGUCGAAUUUGGCGACAAGAACGCAGACAAGUACAACGACGAUGUACAGCUGGUUCGCAUGCGAGACGGUGACGCAAAGAGUGCAAGGUCGGCGAGCGGAGCUUCCAGCUUUUCAUGA